UCUUUUCCCUUCCUCCUUUUCUUUUCCCUUCCUCCUUUUCUUUUCCCUUCCUCCUUUUCUUUUCCCUUCCUCCUUUUCUUUUCCCUUCCUCCUUUUCUUUUUCCUUUUCUUUCUUACUGUUUUUUCUUCCUUCUUAUUUUUCUUUUUUCCAUCUUUUUUCAGGGUUUUUUCUCUCCUUUUUUUUUAUUUUUUUUUUAAUUAUUCUUCUCUGUAUUUACUUUCAGUGUGGCAGAGGCCGAUGCCGCUUCAGGCGGGUGCACACACGCUGCCCCGCGGCAGGGGGUUACCUUUGCAGCCCCCCCACGCCCCCCAGCUCCCCUCGCACCCCUUGGUGCUGCGGUGAUCCCGCCGGUGGGAGGACCGCGGCGGCUGUCCGGCUUUACAGAAGGAGCGGCGGCGGCUGUGGGGAGGCUGUGCCGCCAGGGGGCGCUGGGCGGACUGGGGGGCAGAGCGGGCGACUCGCUGGUCGCGACGGUCACGUGGCCGGAAGCGCGCGUUGCCAUGGCGAGGGCGGGCGGCGGGAUGGCGCCGCAGUUCUGGGUGCUGCGGUGCUGCUCCUGCCGUCUCUUCCAGGUGCAGCAGGCCAAGCGGAGCGGGAAGUGGAGCUGCAGCGUGUGCGGCCAGCGGCAGGCGGUGCAGAAGAUUUACGGCCAAGGAUCUGGCCUGGACUGUAGGCACCAUGUCCAGAAAUUAAACUUGCUGCAGGGAGAGGCGGAGGAAGCAGUCAGGUGGACAUCUCGGUGCAUAGAAGAAUCUGUAAAUGACAGCAAAAAUAUAGCAGCAGAACAUGAAGGCAGUUCAGUCCAGCAGGAGGGAAGGGCACAGGUCAGUCGCUGGAGUAAAUAUCUGGACAAGAACAGUGAAGAUCAGGAAGAUGGGGAGGAGGAGGCAGAUAGAGAAAGGCAACAGUUCUGUUCCCGGAAGAACACAGUGGAGGAACAAAGGAAACACCAGAAGAGCUUCCUCUCCAGUGAUGUUGCAGAGUAUGUAGAAGAAAAUGGAGUUUUCCAUCUUGCCUACCAAGCCAAAAAAGUUAAAACUGCUGAGCGCAAGAAAUGUUUAGUGGCAGUGCCAGAUCCAGAUCAUGGAGAUGCCGUUUCUGGAGACAGGAUGGUUCCUGUUGUCUGCAAGUCUGUAGUGCCUGAGGAGAAUACACAAACCCCAGCUGCUUGUAACAAGCCCUCAAAGUGGGAAAAAUUUCUCACAUGUUCUGACAACUGUAGUGGAAAUGCUGCCAGGGUCACCUUGUCACCACAGGAGGGCAGUGGAAGGUUGGGACUACGCAGCACCAGUGCAGCGGCUGCUGGUAUGCCCAGUAAGUGCUCAGAACAGGCUGGAAGAACUCGAUGUCAAGGUACAGGUUUUGAAUUUGCAGAGUGUGUUGUUGGUACUGGGCAGCUUGCCUCAGAAUUGCCUGGCACCAUGGUCCCCAGUGCCAGUUGCUCAAUUAAGGAGGAUGUGUUGUUGAAAGCACCUCAAAGCUAUUUGAUAGGGGCAGGAUCUGGUGGUGUAACCACUGCAGGAGGGUGCUGCUUGGAUAGCAUGAGCAAGGCGAAGGCAAACACCCUUACUAACUGUAAUGCUGGGCCAAGGCCUAGCAAUAUUUCUUCUGAAUGACUCUUCUGCACAGGGGAGGAGUUUGAUGAUGAUCUCUGAGUUCAGGCCUCUCUGGUGUUGCUUGCUUGUCUGUCACUGUAUUUGGUAUAUUGAGUACUGAGGCAUAACUUUGAACUCAAGUUAGCUUUAUUUGAAGCCUUACAGAACUGUACUAUUAAAGCUGUUUGUUUUAUGGCUGUG